AUGGCGCCGAGGGCUGCCGAGUCCAUGCGAAUAGCUGUUCGUCCGCGCCGAGCCAGGAAUCGAGUUAAGGUGAAAAAUCCUCAAAAAUUGACCCAAGAUGAAUUAGCGGCUAUAGCCCAAGUUAUAUGUGAUACGGAUACCGAGGAAGAAGUUGGAGGAGAAGGAGAUUCUGAUGGAAGUGAACAAGUAGAGGAAGAAGCACACAAUUCGGAUUCAGAACAAGAAAUAAGCAAACUAGAAGAAGUGGAUGAAGUGGAUGUUGAUCAAAGUAGUUCUGAUUCUGAAGAUAUCCUGCUCUCGGUGUUAGCGGCCAAUAAACAAGAUAAGUAUAUUGGCAAAGACAAAAAGACUAUUUGGUAUAAAAAUUAUCCCAUGAGUAAAUCCAGCAAGUCCAAAAUAAAAAACAUUAUAAAAAUACUACCAGGGCCAAAGCAAUGCGCACGUGACAUAACCGAUGAGACAAGUGCGUUUUCGAAAAUUUUUGAUGAUGAAAUGAUUGAACAUAUUAUUCACUGUACUAAUUUAGAAAUUUCAAGAGUUAGGGAAAACUAUGAUCGAGAACGAGACGCAAAGGACGUUACAAAAACGGAAAUGCUGGCUUUUAUAGGCUUACUGUUUUUAUCUGGAUCUAAAAAGCAAAACCACACCCAUUUUUUGGAAUUAUGGACAAAAGACGGUACCGGAUCAGAAAUAUUUCGAGCUUGCAUGAGUUAUCAAAGGUUUCUUUUUCUGCUGGCAAAUAUUCGAUUUGAUGACAAAACAACAAGGCAUGAACGCAAGAAAAUAGAUAAAUUGGCCGCAGUGCGGUACGUUUUAGAUAAAUUUGUAAGUAAUUGCAAAAAAACUACUCUAUGGGCGAAUUUAUGA